AUGAUGAUGCGUUAUACAACGGAUUUUCUAUUCAUACCACCGCCGUUGCCAGGUGUUCCUCUUCCACCAUCGCCAGAUUUACCCCUUCCUGGUCCGACAAGCCGACUAAGUCAAUCGUUGCUUCACUUGCACGUUGUCGGUUCAACGCCACAUUUCACUCCAAUCAGUGUCGGUGGCAGUCCGAUCACCUCCAACUGGAUGUGUCGCUUUCAGCGGCAAAAGUCUCCGCCAAAUGAUCUCGACACGAAAUCUCUCAUUACGGUAUUGAGAGAUAUGCGCCUUACCGAAGAACAACUAGUAGCCAACAGUUUCCCACGGUGGAAAAACGGUGACCGAACGACAGCAGUUGUAGAGCCAAGCUUUUUCGACACGAUUACGGGACGGAGGGAAUUCAUUCCAGAUGAUGAUGUACGAAUUCAUCCGUGCUGUGGACGAGCACAAGGAGUAGCCGGUUGUCAACAUUCUGACAGUCAUGUGACGGAUACCAUGCGGGAAUCUGUUUUGCUUGAAUUCCAUGCCACCCCUGAGCCGACAGGUCCAUCGGAUCCUCGAUCCGAUGCGUUUUACGCCCUCGACUGCGAGUUUGUCUACACCACAGUUGGCAAAGAAGCUGCUCGGAUUACUGUAGUGGACAGUUACGGUAACGAAGUGAUGGAUUGUGUGUUUCGACCGGAACACGAACUUGUCGAUCCGAAUACGCGAUAUUCGGGUUUGACCGUCGAAGACAUCCAAAACACCGAUCAGACGCUAAGUGAUUCCUCCCCAUCUCAAAUGAUGAUGCGUUAUACAACGGAUUUUCUAUUCAUACCACCACCGUUGCCAGGUGUUCCUCUUCCACCAUCGCCAGAUUUACCCCUUCCUGGUCCGACAAGCCGACUAAGUCAAUCGUUGCUUCACUUGCACGUUGUCGGUUCAACGCCACAUUUCACUCCAAUCAGUGUCGGUGGCAGUCCGAUCACCUCCAACUGGAUGUGUCGCUUUCAGCGGCAAAAGUCUCCGCCAAAUGAUCUCGACACGAAAUCUCUCAUUACGGUAUUGAGGGAUAUGCGCCUUACCGAAGAACAACUAGUAGCCAACAGUUUUCCACGGUGGAAAAACGGUGACCGAACGACAGCAGUUGUAGAGCCAAGCUUUUUCGACACGAUUACGGGACGGAGGGAAUUCAUUCCAGAUGAUGACACGCGACGCAGAUGCGUGCGUUGCCACGCCCAUUAUCGACUGCCACUAUGCAGAAAACGGGUCGAUUUCUGCAUACACCACGCAGAACCGGCGAUAUAUUCCUCAGAUGUACGAAUUCAUCCGUGCUGUGGACGAGCACAAGGAGUAGCCGGUUGUCAACAUUCUGACAGUCAUGUGACGGAUACCAUGCGGGAAUCUGUUUUGCUUGAAUUCCAUGCCACCCCUGAGCCGACAGGUCCAUCGGAUCCUCGAUCCGAUGCGUUUUACGCCCUCGACUGCGAGUUUGUCUACACCACAGUUGGCAAAGAAGCUGCUCGGAUUACUGUAGUGGACAGUUACGGUAACGAAGUGAUGGAUUGUGUCUUUCGACCGGAACACGAGCUUGUCGAUCCGAAUACCCGAUAUUCGGGUUUGACCGUCGAAGACAUCCAAAACACCGACCAGACGCUCAGUGAUAUUCGAGAAGUUCUCUUUGAAAUGAUCAAUUCUGAAACGCUGCUGAUUGGACAUGCCCUUGAAAACGACUUGAAAGCUCUACGAAUCGUUCAUGAUAAUGUGAUUGACACCUUCCGUUUUGUUUUCGGACUAAAUGGAGGUUCGCACCAAUGA